AUGGUGCAAACCGGGCAUUCUGUUGGGGUAGCCUUCGCGCUUAAUAUUGCUGCUGGUUUCGCUACAAUCCUCGGCGGUAUGGUUGUCUUCAACAAGCACCUGGUCCAUUUGGCCAACCCUCGAAGCCUGGCCAUCGCCCUCAGCAUUUCAGCGGGUGUAAUGAUGUUCAUCUCAUUGGUGGAGAUCUUCGGCGAGUCGGUGCAUCUGCUAACGGAGGGGUUUAAAACGGAUGAAAUGUCGGAGGAGACGGCAACGGGACACGGAUGGCUCGCCGCUACUGCAUUCUUUGCAGUCGGAAUUGCUCUCAUCUAUGUCAUCGACAUGAUUGUGCACAAGAUAUCUCCUGCGCACGAAAUAACUGAGAUUGACAACCUGGAAGCUGUCCGCGAGUCGUUAGAGCUCAGUAAGGACAACGAGAGCUUUCAUGCCCUCGAACAUGGGUCCCAGACGCCUAACGCGACACACUACGUUAAAAUGGACCCGGAAGCGAAGCUUGCGCUACAACGUAUGGGCGUGCUCAGUGCGUUAGCUAUUGGUAUCCAUAACUUACCUGAAGGUAUCGCUACGUACGUUGGUGCUAUCCAAAAAACCUCAGUCGGUUUCUCACUGGCAAUUGGUAUUGGUCUCCACAACAUCCCGGAAGGUAUCGCUGUUGCCGCUCCUAUCUACUUUGCGACUGGUUCCCGUUGGCGCGGCAUCAUGUGGUGCACUAUUUCUGCGUUUGCUGAGCCGGUGGGCGGAUUCAUCGCGUGGCUAGCUAUCGGAGACGGCAUGGAUCCGAUCUCGGAGGGCAUUUUGUUUGGAAUUGUGUGUGGCAUCAUGGUCUGCAUUUGCGUGAAGGAACUCAUUCCGACGGCGUACAAGUUCACUAAGGGCGAGAGCCAUAUCGUUGCGUUAGGCAUGUUCGCUGGCAUGUUCAUUAUGGUCGCAAGCCUCACGCUUUUCGGUUACGCCGGGGUGUAAGUUUGAGUUUGAGCUCAAGAAGUGGUCAGAGAGAUGUCGAUCCACCAGGAUUUGCAAAAGGCUUGACCGUUUCAAAUAAAGGUUUAACUUCAAAC